AUGCUGUACGGAGCAGCAGCACUGUAUGCUUGGGUCAUCAUUUGCAUCCUCGUUCAGCGCCCCAUCGGUGGACAGGGCUAUGGACCUGACGCGUCCGACAGCAUGCUCACUCACCCCGGUGAUGGGACCACCCUAAUCGAGGACUUAGAUGCAUCCUUCGCAAGGAGCGAAAGAUAUCUCAGGGCAGCGAGGAUUGUCCAGUCGCUGGUGUCCGUGCUCACUAUCCCAUUAACAUAUACGGUAUGCUCGCAAGCAGCCGUAGUGUAUAUCCAGCAGAGGCGAGGGGACAACCAGCCAACCCUGAGGCAAAGCAUGGCCCUAGCAGACAAGGGGUGGACUGACAUUGACCUCUUAACAAAAUUCGUCUUUGGUGGUUGGAAAAAGUAUAAAUCUGGGUUGAUACUCUUUCGCCUAUUUCUGCAUCUUCUAGGUGCUGCUAUAUCGCCGAUACAGCAGAUUUUUCUCUCGGUCCAGACGAUCAAGCGUGCCACCGGGCUUGCCGUUCAUCUCACCUAUAUUACAGACUUCCCUGAUCUGUUUCCAGCGUCCUAUUGGUCAGGCGCUGACGAUGGACUCGAUGCAACCAAGCUGAGACUCACUCUAGCAUCGACGGUCAAUACUGAUAUACAGCCGAGACUCUGGUCGUCUAGUACGGGCACGGUCACUCUCGACGAUAAAACUGGCGAAAAGUCUUAUUCGCCAUUCCAGACAAAUACCAACACUGGCUUAGUACGCCAGUUUGCUCCUCGCAUCAAUUCGACAGCCAUAUGGGAGAACAACUCGGCAGCCAUACUUCCCGAUGACUGCAACCCUUCGUCCGACGCAUUUUAUCUCCGCUACGAAUAUAACAGUUCAUUUUCAUAUACCGUCGAGAUAUGCAUGCCCGGCAACAUGUCACAAUCUCCGUGGGAAGACCAAAGAUCUCGACAAGACAUUAGCGAGGAGUUGUAUUUCAAAAUGAGCUUUUCCGAAGGCUUCGAGCCACAGGUCACUCCAGGAGAAUAUUCGACGAAGCUAAAACUCCAUACCACAACGGGCUACUUCGGGCUUCCGAACUACGAGAAUGGGCAAGUCCCUGGGCCGUUGAUCGAGCAUAGCCCCUUUGGAAAUAACUCACAAAGUCUCACUACUCGUGAUCUAGACAGCGGUACAGCAUGGAAUACGCUCAACACAACCACAAAUGUGAGCAAUGUCAAAAAUAAAGGCCCGCUUCUCAAUAUCGCCGUGGCACUUUUCGGAGAAGGGUCUUUCGCCGAUGUGCAACACACUGCCUUAGCAGCGUAUGCCAACUCGGGCAUCAUCUACCCUGGCUGUAUUGGCCUCGUUCCCUUUAUUACGCUUCUUGACGUGACCUACCAUGAGUCGCCUACAUUUUACCCCUGUCUAAAGGGGACAUACCUUGAGAGUGAUGCCCGUCUCCAUCAGGAUAGCAACGUCACGAUACAUGCAGAUGUUGCGAUGUACUUUUUGCUUUUCUCUGGGGUCCCGUCUGGGCCAUCUUCAGAACGAAUACAGAACGCAUUUACCUCGGCAGCAUUUCUAGCUAACGACAUGUUGAUGAUGAACAAUUUCCAAGAGCAAACGAUCGGUAUAUCCUACGAUAUGGGUGCCGAUGUACAAAAGCCGGACAUUUCCCGCGGAGGAAUUAUCGUCGUCUCGAUAUUAUUAGGGCUUUUCUUGAUUUGUCUUCUGGUAUUGGCCCUCUAUAGUGCGUGGAUUCCUCGAUGGACCAAGACUCUCGAGUCUUUCGCAAUGCUACGGAUCGGGGCCUCAAUAUCAGAAAAGACGCCUUUGCUUGCGUCGCAAGAUGUUGAGGGUAUCAAGUCUCUCGACGAGACACCAGGUUGGAUAGGGAACGCGUCCGAGGGUGAGAACGGCCACUCACGAAGACGGUGUAUUAUGCCGGUUAUAACACCGAUCAUGGGGCUCAAGUAA